AAUCAUAUACUUCAAUUGAACUACAAGUACACACUCUCUUAUUUAACGUACACCUUGUAACCUCUUUAAAACUUACUCUAGUAAUAAAUUGCUAAAUAAAAGUUGCGUGCUAAUUUCUUUGCUCCAUAGCUGAAGUUGAAUCAUCUUUUACCUUCGGCGAGGGGAGGAGCAAAUCGCGGGUUCUUCAAAAACAGGAGAGAGAGAGAGAGAGAGAGAGAGAGAGAGAGAGAGAGAGAGAGAGAGAGAGAGACGGGGGGAAAUGGGAGGGGACACGGAUCCACUUCGCGCUAGCUUUUGGUUAAUCCAUCCAAGGAAAAAAUUACCAAAAAUGCACGAAUGCGAGAAAGCUUUGAGAGCGACGCGAUUUUGCCCAGGCGCCCGAAAAUAACGCGCCUCUGUGGGCUGUGUGGCUCUGUUUUAAUUACCUGGGGAGUGUUGUUCGCUUCCGGGGCACCAGCUCAUUGCAAGCCAAGCGAAGCGCCAUGGCCUCCUCCUCCUCCUCCUCAUCGCUUCCCGCCCGCCUCGCCGCCUCCUUAAAUAGCAGCGCUCCUCCUCGUGCGCUUCCUGGCAACCUGCAUCUGCAUGCACGCGGCGCCGCCGCAGCCACCGCAAUCUAUCUCCGCACACGUGCAGAUAUAUAGCACUAGUGUAUAGGCUGCCACCAACUAGUAUGUGCCUAGUCCUAGUGUGAUUGGGUGUAGCCGAUCGAUCGGAGUAGUAGAUAGAGCUGCAGCCCUAACGCGGUGCUCAGAUCAAUGUCUGACCGCGGCGGGCCGGCGUCGCCGCGGUCGGGGAAGCACCCCUUCUACCGCGGCAUCCGGAGCCGCAGCGGCAAGUGGGUGUCGGAGAUCAGGGAGCCGAGGAAGACGCGCCGCAUCUGGCUCGGAACGUUCCCGACGGCCGAGAUGGCCGCCGUGGCGUACGACGUGGCGGCGCGCGCGCUGCGCGGCGCCGACGCGGCGCUCAACUUCCCGCACCUGGCCGCGUCGCGCCCCGCGCCGGCGUCCACGUCCGCGGACGACAUCCGCGCCGCGGCCGCGGAGGCCGCCGCGUCGCUGCUGCUGCAGCAGGAGCAGCAGCAGCAGCCCGCCGAUCAUCACCAGCCGCCGGCCCGUGGCGGCGCUCCUGGACGCGGCAUUGCUCCCGCGGAGGCCGGGGCAGCGCAGCAGCAGACCGGUGGGAGCAGCGCCGCCGCCUGGGCGCAGCAGGAAGGAGGCAGCGGCGCGGGGAACCCCUACUUCCUGGACGAGGAGGCGCUGUUCGAGACGCCGCAGUACCUGCGCAACAUGGCCGCGGGGAUGAUGAUGAGCCCCCCGAGGUUCGGCCGCAACUCGUCGGACGACUCGCCGGACCACCCGUCGUCGUCAGAUGCCGGGGACAGCCUCUGGAGCUACCGUGAUCCGUAGAUCGCCGAUACCGGAUUUCAUGCCGGUAACUGGAUCGGAGAUGAUAACAACAACAAUAAUGGAUGUGGUGAUGAAACUAAUAAGCUCUCUACUAUACUACUACUACUACUAUUGCUGCCUGCAGCUGCUGCUACUUCUACUGAACCUGGAAGCUGGGAGUGAUGAUAUGACCGGGGAGCUGAGAUAAAAGGAGCGAGGUACACAUACAGGUGCAUGCCCGUCCGUUGCAGUGCCAUUUUUUCUGUCCAGGAGUCCAGGUCCAGCCGCCAUAUGUGCAGUGGGGAUAGCUUCGGCCCUCAGCCGGAAGAUGAAGUGUAUCUUUCCUUCUUCUACCUUUUACCGCUCGAUGCGUGUGUUUCUGCUGUGAAGUGACAAGGUAGUAAUUAAGUCUCCUUUUUUACACUAGAUUUCACUGGUGUGGCUCUAUAUACCUUGCUACCUCACUGCAGUUUGGCCGUUGCAGUACAUAUGAAUCGUCUGCAAAGGGCAUAUAUACAUAUACCUAUAUAUGUAUGGUAACUUUGGAAUAAUGCCAAGUAGGUAUGUAGAAAGUAGGUACUUCAUGAUCGAGGAGGCCUGCUGUGUUUUGUAUAAGUGAAUGAUGUUGUUGUGUGUAAGCUGGUAUUGUGCAAAUUAAUCGUUGUGUUUUGGCGGUGGAUCGGCUAUGCUUCCACCUUAGCCCUUCACUAAA